GCCAGCGAAUUUCAAUUGUUCUGAUGUUCCAUACCAGGUGAAAGACAAAGUAAACAUCGCAGUUGGAGAGCAUAUUCGCUUAAAAUCUGUGGUUUUAAAAGUCCGCCCUCAUACAGAACCAUCUUGGUAUGUGGUGAGACCAUAGAAUAUUAACACGAUCUAUCCGUUUCUUCGAAGAAGAUUAGUUGAAGGUUUUAGGGGCGAGAAAACUGACACUGCGUGAGUAAACUUGGAUUGGUUGUAACCGGCAGUUUUGGAUACAAUGUUCGCAGCUAAUCAAAACACAUCGAUCGCAGACAGAGCAAACAGCGGUUUAAAUGUCACAUCGAACGACUACGGUCUUAUUCUUGAAGAUCUGUUUCCCGUCGUUGGUGUUUUAAUGUGCACUGUCGGUUCCAUUGGCAAUUUUGCUGUUCUCUUCGCCUUCUUAACACAGCGUAAGCUAAGGACAAAACUCAACUGCUUUCUGGCGAGUUUAGCAUUUUCGGAUAUCUUACUCAUGGGCAUAACUGUACCUCUGGAAUUGGAGUACCAUAUUCGAGCGAAGUUUAUUCACGGCGUUGUCAUUUGCGAUCUUAUGUACACCAUCCAUUUUCUAGCUUUGUCCUCUUCAUCGCUCAAUCUAUUAGCGGUCAGCGUCUACCGCUAUAUUACUAUUGCAUUCCCGUUUUCAGCAAAACUAGCUCAGCCAAUUCAUAUCGUGGCAUCAAUAGCUGUUCUUUGGCUGUAUGCUGUGAUUACGGCUCUUCUACCCCUGAUGGGCUGGCGGUCAGGACCAUCCUUAAUUAAAUACAGCCUUUGCGUGUUUAUGAUUGAAAAAGAAUACGUAAUGUUCAUCCUCACAGUCAACUGGGUGCUACCGGCGGUGAUUGUUCUUAUUCUUUACGUCAUGAUCUUCCGCAUCGCCAGAAUUCAUGCCAUCAAGAUAGCAAAACAGCAAGUCCUCAGAGAGUAUGAAAGAAUUCGCAGCCCUCUUUUCAAAUGCGCAAAAACAUUAGGGAAAAUAGCCAUCGUCUACUUGAUAUGCUGGAUUCCAUAUGUUACUGAUACCAUCCUUUUGCUAUUGUAUGGCCCCUCGGUUCCCAGAGCGAUAUCCCUGAUCUUCGUUUUAUUCUAUUACGCAAACUCAGCAAUCAAUCCGUUUCUCUACGCUGGGCUUUGCACAGAUUUCCGAGAGGUGUUCAGCGAAUGUGCAAGAAAGGUAUACAAUAAACUCUCUCUACUUUGCCGAAGGGUCUCCGCAUUUUUUCACUCAGUGGUAUCAUCUCUCUGUUCCGAUUCCAGUCGGACUGGAACACAUGCAACAGAGCGUUCUCGACUUCGCCGUUCUCGGAAACGUGCUCGCACACGAUCUAGAAGUUCAUCUCAGCAACCAUCCGUUGCGACUUUCGUUUAAAAGGCGGACACCAUUACCUGUGUACCAAAACAUGUCUGCUCGUGAUAUGAAAUAUGGUCAAAAAGCAAACAUAGUCUCGGGAGAAAUUUCUUGCAUUAAUGUGAAAGAAACAAAAUGCUUUUAUUUUCUUUAUUUAAGUUAAAGUUUGUUUGUUUUGAGAAAACAUCAACGCGCGCAUGGCCGGCCUUUACGGAAAAGAAUCGAGAAAGGAUAGAUUUAACCACCUUCGGUACCUAGUUUUGUUACAUGGUUGAUCAAUAUCAUAAAUUAGCUUGAAACCCCAAAAAAACAAGUUUCAAAAAAACUGCUAAGACUUCAUAGCCAGACGCUUUUUUAUUAUGUGGAUCAUUUAAAUGAUAACUCCAUUCGUGAGUAAUUUUAUGGUUCUAGCCGGUAUCAACCGUUUAGGAAAAUCUCUGGGGCAAGUUUGCAUCUAGUUUGGUGUUACUGACCUUAGUCUAAUUCAUAUUUAAUCAGGUGUCUGAGAAUCAGCUUUGAAUAUUUAGUUAGUGGGUACUCGGUUGCAAACAUCAGUAACCUUGACUCAUAAAGUUAGGCCCCAGAAAUUGAAAGAUAUAAUUUGAGGAGUUCGUGGUGCAUAGAAGAAGCAGGAAACUAUUAGUGCUUGAAUGAAUUCAUGAAUGAGUUGGUUAUGGCAAUUCGAUAGACGCGUCUAGUCUCGGCUCUGAAAGCGUUAGCGCAAUUUUAUCUUAUUGCGUAGUUUUAACAAUUUUGAAAACAUAUUUAUCAUAACACCUGUAUUUUACGUCAAAAUAAAUAAGAGCGUCGAUUUCCACCCACAUUUUGAGCCGUGAAAUGCACGCAAAGCAGUGGCCAUUUUGAUCGAAACGUGCUGAGCGUAUGCAAAUGUAGAGAAGGUAAUCUUGACUCAGCUGAUGCUGGAUGAAACGGUGUAAUUUGCAAAGAUUCGAGCAAGAUAUUGAGUCGGUAAGAUAUUGGCUUAGGGAAUGAUAGAUAAAAGGUAGAGGAAAGCAUGACUAUCCCGUUUCCUCCUCCGAUAAUGGAAUCAGAUCGUAGCUAGAACAGUCAAGAUAAAGAGCACGUAACAGUCUACUUUUAAAUACAUAUGAAGGUUCUUUUUAUCCGAUGUGUACGGUAUACUUUUGCAGCGGGAGUCCGCUUUCAAAACGCUAUAAACUAUGAUAAGAUCGGCGUAUAUAUAUAUAUAUAUUUUAUUUGAAAUUGCUUUUUAAAAACAACGACAGGAA